AUGGAUAUCGACCGUGUUGCAAUCAUCGGAGCUGGCCCUUGUGGUCUGGCUGCUGCAAAGUAUAUGGUCGCCGAGCGCAAAUUCAAGACAAUUACCGUAUUCGAACAACGCGACCAGCCUGGCGGUAUUUGGAAUUAUACCGGCGAUGAGGGCACCAGCAGCAGUCCAAGCCAAGUGGUGGAUGGAACGUUUGCGUCUCCAGUAUACGACUCGCUCGAAACAAACAUCCCCAACUCCCUGAUGCAGUACCGCGAAGCCCCUUUUCCCUCUGGGACGGCGCUGUUUCCGUCGCAUUAUGUUGUCAAGGAGUAUCUGCAUCGGUAUGCGGAGGAGUUACGCCCGUUGAUACGCUUCCGCUCGCAGGUCCUGGAUAUAUCCCUGUCGAGAAGCCCAAAAGCUGAAUGGACUGUAACGUGGCGGGAUAUCAAGUCUGAUACAGUCUCCACUGAUCAGUUUGAUGCGGUAGUGGUUGCCAAUGGGCAUUAUAACGAGCCGAAUAUCCCAGCUAUCCCCGGUCUAGAGGAGUGGAAUCGGCAGUAUCCUGGCUCGAUCGUGCAUUCAUCUGUGUAUCGACGUUCAGGACCUUUUGCAAACAAGAAAGUAAUCGUUGUCGGCCACUCCGCGUCAGGAAUCGACAUCGCAGCCCAGAUCAGUGCAGUAUCAAAACAUCCUCUUCUCAUCUCUGAGCGAGCAUCAAAAGCACCUCUAUCCUCCCAGCAAGAGAAAACCUCGAAGUUAAUCCCAGAAAUAACCACCCUCAACCCGAAAUCCAAAACAGUUUCCUUCGCAGACAACCACACAGAGAGAGACAUCGACCAUAUAGUCUUCUGCACAGGAUACCACUUCACCACGCCCUUCCUGUCCUCACUCACCCCACCCAUUAACACAGAUCAAUCCAGACCUGAUAAUCUAUUCAAACACGUAUUCUACACCCACGAACCAACAAUCGCAUUCAUCGGGACACCACAGCGCAUCGUCCCGUUCCCGUUUAGCCAGGCGCAGAGCGCAUGGGUUGCAAGGGUUUUUGCAGGACGCGUAUCUCUCCCAUCUUACACUGAGAUGGCGCGGUGGAUUACGGAUUGGAUGGAUGCCCAAGGAGGGAGUAAUAGUCUUGCGUUCCCGCUUGAUGCGGAGUAUAUCAACUCGCUUUAUGAGAUUAGCAUGUCCUCGACGAGGAAGGAGGGGCUUGAGAAUGAUGGACGGGGAAAAGAGCCGCCAUUCUGGGGAGAGAGGGAGAGGUGGAUGAGGGAGAGAUUUCCUGAUAUAAAGAAGGCGUCGCAGAUGUUGGGGGAGAGGAGGAGGGAUAUUACGACUCUGGAGGAGCUGGGAUUUUAUUUUAAGGCGAAUUUAUGA